AUGGCGUCUUCAUCGCUCUCCUCUCUCUCGGCAAUUCUGCAAAAACCGCACCGUGCCAUCGCCAUUCAAAGACGAUGCUGCUGCUUUACCCUGAAACUCUUCUCCUCCAAAACCGUCCGAGCUGCGUAUCCUCACCGCCAUUGGAGCCAGCGGCAGCUCAAAGGAAGCAGCUUUGCUCUAAAUCUCUGCAGGAGCUUUUCUCAGUCGCACCUUCCUUCUACAGCCAAAUCCGAAGGCCCUGGGCUUCAUCACUUCGUUGCCCAAGCAUCUCUCUCCGCUUUGCAGACUCAGCCUGAUGUUGUAGCAGCUAAUGAAGUUAUCACAGAAGAAACGGAAACCCCUGCCAAAGGGCGUAUAUAUCACGAGACAUAUGGUUGCCAAAUGAAUAUCAGUGAUAUGGAAGUUGUGUUGUCCGUAAUGAAGAAUGCUGGAUAUAGAGAAACUGUAGACAACCCAGAAGCUGCUGAGAUCAUAUUCAUAAACACUUGUGCUAUCCGGGACAAUGCGGAGCAAAAGGUGUGGCAGAGGCUUAAUUACUUUUGGUUUCUAAAGAGACAAUGGAAGCGCAAUGUUGCCCAAGGAAGGGCACAGUCGAUUCAUCCUCCAAAGGUGGUUGUAUUGGGAUGUAUGGCUGAGCGGCUGAAGGAGAAGAUACUAGACUCAGAUAAAAUGGUUGAUGUGGUUUGUGGACCAGAUGCAUAUAGAGAUUUGCCUAGGUUGCUUCAAGAGGUUGACUAUGGACAGAAGGGGAUUAAUACUCUUCUUUCACUUGAAGAGACCUAUGCUGAUAUCAGCCCAGUUAGAAUCAUGAAGAAUUCAGUCACUGCAUUUGUGUCUGUGAUGAGGGGUUGUAACAAUAUGUGUUCAUUCUGCAUAGUUCCAUUUACUAGAGGGAGAGAAAGGUCACGUCCUGUGGAAUCGAUUGUGAAAGAGGUUGGAGAGCUAUGGGAAGAAGGCGUGAAAGAGGUUACACUUCUUGGCCAGAAUGUGAACAGCUAUAAUGACGAAUCAGGAGUUGAACAAGAAGUUGAAGCAGGUUCCAACUGGAAGUACAGUGAAGGGUUCUCAAGCAUGUGCAAGGUUAAGAACGUGGGUUUACGUUUCUCAGAUCUCCUGGAUCGGCUUUCUACCGAGUUCCCAGAGAUGCGGUUCAGAUACACAUCGCCGCACCCCAAAGAUUUCCCUGAUGACUUGCUCCAUGUAAUGAGGAACAGGCAUAAUGUUUGUAAUUUCAUCCAUUUACCAGCGCAAAGUGGGAGUAGCAGAAUGAUAGAAAGAAUGCGCCGCGGAUACACUAGAGAGGCUUACUUGGAACUGGUGGAGAAGAUAAGGAGAACUAUUCCGGAUGUUGGCAUAAGCAGUGAUUUCAUAUGUGGUUUCUGCGGAGAAACAGAAGAAGACCACAAAGAAACACUGAGCCUGGUGAGUACGGUGGGCUACGAUAUGGCUUUCAUGUUUGCAUACAGCAUGAGGGAGAAAACCCAUGCUCACAGAAACUAUGCAGAUGAUGUCCCUGAAGAAGUCAAGCAGAGAAGACUGACGGAGCUGAUCGAGAUAUUCCGUGAAAGCACAGGCCAGUGCUAUGACUCCCAAAUCGGAAGCAUCCAACUUGUCCUUGUAGAAGGACCCAACAAGAGAGCUCCCGAGACGGAGCUUAUGGGCAAGAGUGACAGAGGCCACCGAGUUUCAUUCGUCACUGUGCCAGUUCCAAACAGGACCGCCGAAGACGCUGCUGAUCAGCAGCAGCAAAGGAAUCCUGUUGUUGGUGACUAUGUCGAAGUUCGGAUCUUGAGAUCCUCACGCGCCUCGCUUUAUGGCGAGGCACUUGCCAUCACUAAGCUGAGCUUGUUUUACAGUAACACGGUGGAGAACGAGGCUGUGGCCUGUGCUGUCUGA